ACUCUCUAUAUAAACCCUCUCAGAAAAAGUUGAGUUUUCAUUCAUCUCUCUCUCUCUCUCCUCAUUUUCUUCAUCUGAUCUGAUCCUGAAAAGAUGGGUGAAAUCAGUGUAAUGUUGUGUUUUCUUCUAGUUUCCUUAGCAUUAGUUAAUGGUAAGAAAGAAGAAGAUAGUUAUAAAAUUGGAGUGUUUGAGCUGAAGAAAGGAGAUUUUUCUGUCAAGCUUACUAAUUGGGGUGCAUCUAUUAUGUCCAUUGUUGUUCCUGACUCCUAUGGGAAAUUAGCUGAUAUUGCUCUUGGAUAUGAUUCUGCUUUAUCAUAUGUUGAGGACAAAACCAACUUUGGCAGAACAGUUGGGCGAGUUGCAAAUAGAAUAGGAGGAGCUAAGUUUACUUUAAACGGGGCUACUUACAAACUUAAUGCCAAUGACGGCAACAAUACGCUUCAUGGCGGAGCUAAAGGAUUCGGCAACCUGCUUUGGAAAGUGCAAAGCCAUAAACCAGAUGCUAUCACUUUUAGUUACGAUAGCUAUGAUGGUGAACAAGGAUUUCCUGGGAAGGUUUUCGUAUCAGUCACAUACAUGAUAAUGGGAAGUAACAAACUACUUGUUCACAUGAAAGCCAAAGCUAUUGACAAAGCCACACCAGUGAACCUAGCUCACCACACAUACUUUAACCUUGGCGGGCAUAACAGCGGGGAUAUCAAAUCCAACAAGGUCCAGAUUUUCGCUUCUCACAUUACACCCACGGACUCUGGCCUUAUCCCCACAGGCGUAAUCUCCCCAGUUAAGGGCACACCAUUUGAUUUCCUUACUCCUCAAACCGUCAGAAGUAAGCUAAAAGAUCUCCCAGGUGGGUUCGACAUCAAUUAUGCACUUGAUGGAGCCACAAGCAGCGAGAAAUUGAAGAAGACAGCAGUCGUCUCCGAAAGCAAAUCCGGUAGAACUAUGGAAUUGUGGAGUAAUCAACCUGGUGUGCAGUUUUACACAGCAAAUACUUUAGCCAAUGUGAAGGGAAAAGGAGGGUAUGUUUACGGGAAUUAUGCCGGACUCUGUUUGGAAACUCAAGCUUUCCCGGACGCCGUUAAUCACCCUAAUUUUCCCUCAGCGAUUGUGAACCCUGGUCAGGAUUACAGCCAUCUCAUGAUUUUUAGGUUCACGGCUAAAAGUGUACGAAAAAUAUAAACAUGUCAUUAUCUUUUUAGGUUACUACAGUACUACUUUAUGUUGGCGUCAUAAACUUAUGAACUCCCUUCACAGUUAUUUGAGGAAUGUUAUGUCAGCUCUAAUAAUUAUGAUAUUGUUUCUUGUUAAUGGUGUUUGUCUAGGAGGCAUUAAACUUGUAAGCCAUUUAGUUUUCAAAAAACCUAAAU